GUGAUUUUUUCCCUAUGCACAAACCGUCGAAUAUGCAUUUUUUAUAUGCAUAUUUUUUAUUUUAUAUGCAUAUGCAUUCACAUAAAAUAAUAAAAACUAAACUUUGUAUUGACAUGGCAUGUUUUAGAUAGUUUAUAUUUACUUUCCUUGCAAUGUGCGUUCCCUUCAUCCAAAAUCAACAGAAAUGUUCAUACCAAGCACGACGAAAGAAGCGGAAUAGGCAUGCAUAAAUAGCUGGGCCUGGGCGAGAGUUUGACUUGUUGGCGUGCAAAGUAAAUUGUAUCAUGGCAAAAGGAAAAGCGUUGCUUCAGGUUUCCAUGCGAACUAUUCACGAACGAUCUAAGGUUCAAUUGCAUGUCGCGUAUUGAACGCAGGGCGGAAUCCGUUUGAUGUUUGUUAUUUCAUGUAAAACGGUCCUUAUCGAAAAGGUGUGCUUCGAAAAUAGGAAAACAUAUAUACACAUAGUUGCUUACCUUCAAUUUCGGAAAAACGAAAUUGAUUUUCUUGUAAAGUUUCCUUUCGUGUUUUUUUUUGUUCAAGUAAAAAUGCAAUUUAGAAACGCUGUUCAUAUGAAAUGAGACAACAUGUUUUGGGGCAGUAUUAAGCGGUUUAACACAUCACAGGUUGUGGGUACCAAUUUGAUACAAACUUACUGAUCCUCUACUGUCCCAUUGGAGUGACGAUUUGCUACGGAGAUUGCUGUAUGGCAAUUAUAUUUAGGUUCAUGACGUCUAAGUUUUUUUUUUGUUAAAAAGAGCUGAAAUUUUAUCAAGCGUCUCGAGCAUCAGUAGCGAAUAUGUCAAACCAUUUUUUUUAAUAUACAGAAUUACAGAGUUUCGAAUGCGAAGACUGCGUUAAAAGGUCUUUAGAUAAAUUGUAUCCUGAAACAUGUGAAAAUAAUAAUGUGACGCUGAAACACGCCCAGAGCGUUUGCAUCACUCAUUCAGAUGGCCCAAGACUCCUAGAGGAUAGAGGACCACCAGGCGAAACAAUGUGCAAAUCAAUUAAAAAAGGCUAUUUCUGCUGUAAUGUAAUAAGUAAUAAUAAGCAGUAAUAAUCUAAUAAGAACUUUAAAAAAAUACUACUACAUCUCCGUCGCCAUGCAAUAUGAAGUAAAAUGCUCAUUAUUUACUUAAAUUAGCGUAUUGCUUUCCAUCUACGUUAAAAGUUAGUUUUAUCGGUAGUUUAAAGCUAAUCAAUGAAUCGAUUCGUAUUAUAAUCCCGUAUAUUUGUCUUGUGCUACAAAGUAUCGUAAAAUUUGUGAAACCAAUUCGCGUGAAAUUGUUACCAGAAUACAUAAAAAAAUCAAUUUAUAUCGCCAAUGCAAAAUCUGUAUUACUCUUCGAAUUUUCAAAUCGAUUUCCAAUUAUCCUAGUGUUUGACACGCUCCCUCUUUCAGAAUUGAAUUCACACUUUCUCUCUCUCUUUGUGGUAUUUCAAUCGUUACAUUUUCAUUUCUUUUCAAUUCGUUUGAAAUGGUGGCUCCCAUGCUGGCUUAUUAUAGGGAGCUUUAAAUGCAUAGACUAAAACCCUCAAAUUCCAGCAUCCUGUGAUCUGAUUGUGUGAGUCCCAGCUUUAAUCCAGCACUUUGAAGCCAAUUGAAUUGAGUUGACCGAGCGCCAAGUUUAUUAUGGUUCUGCCAAUUUCAUGUCUUCUUGUCACCUCUCGUUAUUCAAACCCCACAAUCAAGCGUUGUUAAGAAGUGUUUUGUGUAUUUGCAUUGCACGCUCGGAUUAGCUAUGAAUACGAAAGGGCAUGUCAAUACGAUUACUUCCAAAAAAGAGGAUUUGACAGCCAGCUGAAUCAAAAGUACUUCCUAACAGCAGAGCCAAACUUGUGCUAAUCGGGUUCGCUGAAAUCAACCACUGGGUUUCUUGACCUAUUUCAAAACGGAUAUAGUAACAGUGAACGAAAUGUAUGUUCUAUCCUGCUUCUGGCUCAGCACAUAUUCCCAACGGUUCGCUGAUACGCGAAUGAAAGCUAUUCCCCUGGUGAGGGUUUUACUAACAGUUUGUUUCAUUAUAAUCCUGUUUCCCAUCGUGGUCUCAUAUGAUUGUGAUAUUCGUUCAACCGAACCACGGUGCAUACGGGAUGGGUUUCUUUGCAGAAAAUGGAUUCAGACCUCGGGAACGGUUGGUACGAUCUAACGCCGCCUGGCGGCGUUGAUUGAUCCUGGCAGUAUGGAGCACCAGUGUGUGGAAGAACGUGUCUUAGAAUGGUUGCACUACAUCUACAGCAACGAUUCCGCCAGGGCUAUCGUGCUGAACGCCGCCGAGUUUAAACAACGGUUACUCUACAUACUCGCGACGCGAUUCAACAUGGACGAAACCGGAGCCAGUUACUAUCUGCAUGCGUUCGAGUAUCAGAACAUUACCGAGCACAACAUCACCGAGGAGCAUGUGAACGACUUCCUGCGAAGGGUGUUCCAAUCCCUGAACUUCCUAAACCGAACGAUUCCGGACCAUGCCGACGUGGACGAGGUGGAAGCGACCAACUGUAGCGAUUAUUGUAAAGGGGCCGUUCGGGAAAUACUGCUCGAGUACAAAUUGCUACAUGGCUACAUUUCACUUGUGAUAUGUUUCUUUGGCACAAUAGCCAAUAUACUCAACAUUGUAGUGCUGACUAGGAAGGAUAUGACCAAAGUGCCGAUAAAUCGUAUUUUAAAAUGGCUUUCCGUGACAGACAUGUUUGUAAUGCUCGAGUACAUCCCGUUCGCAUUUUAUAUGUAUCUUAUACUUCCAGAUCGUCGAGACUACCCAUAUUCUUGGGCCGUUUAUCUAAUGUUUCACAUGCAUUUUACUCAAAUAUUACAUACGAUCUCAAUACUGUUAACAGUUACGCUAGCAAUUUGGAGAUACAUUGCAAUCAAGCAUCCACACGGUUCGCUCGCUAUUUAUGCUCAAUCAAACUACGGGCAGGCUAUAGCAUUGUGCUACAUCUUGGCACCAAUCCUGUGCUUUCCUACGUACUUUGUCUUUACAAUACGACAGACAUUCGUUUUCGACGGCGACACCCAGAUGAUACUGUUCCAUUUGGAUACGGAUGAAAAUACAAUUGUCUAUCGAUACAAUUUCUGGAUCCAUUCGGUAAUUAUCAAGCUGCUUCCAUGCACCAUCCUAACCGUCAUCAGCUGCGUACUUAUACAGGUACUCUGGAAGGCAAGCAAACGGCGCUUGAAAUUGAAGCAAGGGGGAAAUUAUUCGAAAAAUGGAGCUUCCUCCGUCACGCCACAAAGUGGAGGUGGAAGCAGUGGAGUUUUACCUCCGAUUAGCAAUGGAAAUCGCCCCCCGCGAACGGAUCGUCGGGCAGAUCGGACAACCACUCUGUUAGUGGCGGUGCUACUGCUUUUUCUCUUCACCGAAUUUCCCCAGGGCAUUCUGGGGCUAAUGAGUGGUAUACUGGAAAAGUGUUUCUUCCGCCGCUGCUACGGCCUUUUCGGCGAGGUGAUGGACCUGCUAGCCUUAAUCAAUGCUGCCAUCGGAUUCGUGCUGUACGGGCUUAUGUCGAAACAGUUCCGGACGAGCUUCAAGUCGGUUUUUUUCAAAACUCCAACCCAUAGGGCCGAGAUUACACGCAUGACCGGCAUCACAACCACCUGUGUCUGAUCGUGUCACACCCGCCACAUGCACUUUCCCUUCCGUAAUGUUCCCACCAAGCUUGAGUGAUCGAUGGGUCACCAAGUACCUUCACCUUUCUGUCAUAGUUGCCCUUUGUAGGGCCAGAGCUUUCGUGACACUGCUGUACAGCUGGAUGGUUCAAAGGUUAUCGCUAGGUUCAAUUGCUAAACGAAUUUUGUAGGUUAAGUCUGCGGAAAAUUACCAUCCUAAAAGUAACGAAGUGCACAAUGCAGUAUUUGCAACACAAGCGAUUGCUGCAACAGUAGCCGAUUGCAGUAUUCAUAGACGUAGAAUACCUAGAAAAUGAACCUAUUGUAGAGCGAUUUUUACUGCUGAAUGGGCUAGACGAAAAAAAUCAGGAUAAAGUAACCAUGGUUUUAAUGUAACCAUUUACUAGCCAUGGGUUGGAGUUGUGAUUUUAUCAAAAACCAAAACACAAAACGAACAAGAAAAUACGACUAAGGUGUAUAUAAUACUCGUUAAAUUGUACACAGGGCUUCCCCCUGUUGGUAAGAAGUAUAAAAAGGAAUUAUAAACAGCGAUAGAAGAUGUACAGCAUAAGAGCACUAAGGUUGGAUUAAUUCAUCAGAUUAAACUACAUGUGCAUCGGUUCAUAGAGUGAUAAUCGUUUUUGAUGCAAACUCAGAAAUAAUGCAAAGGGAACCAUUAUUUUUUUUGAAAAAAAAAGAGAAAUAAAAGUCUAUAUUGAUAAUCGUAUUGAAACCUGAUCAGCAUGCAGCGUAGUGAUUUGCGAUUGACAUUUUAAGUUCGAGUUUCCCGGGAAUCGAGUUGUCUCGAGGAUGGUUUCAAUCUGAAAGUUGUAGCAAUUAUUUAACAAUCGUCAAAACCCACCGUUACAAUGCAAACCAACUUCACAUCGAGAAAAGAAGCCGACGUUGCUCGGUGUGUAGAAAUGUUUGCUUCGUGCAGGCUCACUGUUGAAUGUAAUAUCCUGUGCAAGGUCCACUGAGCCCCAAACCUUCUUUAGGAUAUUCGUCGCAUGUGGCCCGAAUACACCAUUACGGUUAUUAUGUUGAUUUAAGGAAACUGCUGGAAGGAAAAGGUUAUGCAACCCGCCACACUUUUAGCUCUGCGUUUAGAUCGUAACGAUUCUGGACCAAAGUAAUGUGAAACCGGUGUGCUUAUGUGCGCGCACUUUGAAGCUCAUAGCAUCGUUCCAUUUCAAUUAUUUUCUGUAUUGAGUUACGAGAAUAAUGUUUAUUAUCAUGUUUUAAUUCAAAGUAAUUGCUACAACUUCAGAAACUUAACGAUAAGAAUCCGUGAUAAUUGAACUAUUACUCAUCGAAGUAUAUAUUCAAAUGUCAUUCAAGUUACUUAUAGCUUUGAAAGGUUGAAAUGACCUUGCAAAAUGAAUACUAAUGUCAAUCGUACAAAAACAAAAUCCAAAUUUUCAUGUUAUUAUCAAGAAUUUUUUUAACUAGUUGCGUACGUUGUAGGACCAAAUGCAAAGCGGCACAACAAUGGCAUAAGAAUUGUAAAAGGCACAUCCAAAUGCAAACAAUGAAUGGAUGUCCUAGUUAGAGCUUAUGUAAUAUGUAAACCUAGAAACUAAGCUAAACCAAACAAAAAAAAACUCAAGAGAAAUCCUAACAAAAAUCGAUUCCAAUUAGUGAAAAACGAAUUUAAAACGACGAACGUAUUUUGCAUUUAACAGAGUAGUGCGAUUUUGUGACAAAUAUAGUCAAAAUAUAGACGAAGAUACUAGGGAAUGUGGUGUACGAAGGAAUAAGAGUCACUGUAUUUUGAAAUGUAGCUGCCAAGAUGCUGCGUAAAGAGGCGUAAAAUUAUCUAUACAU